AUGUCCGAUAUCCCCCACACGCAGAGUGCAUGGCGUGUCAUGCGUCAAGGGGAACCCUCCCAGGUUCUCCGCCUCGAUGAGAACGUGCCGGUGCCGAUCAAACUGGCAAAGGGCGAGGUCCUCAUCAAGGUGCAAGCUGCCGCGCUCAAUCCAAUAGGGUAUACGAUGAUGCAAAAAAUUCCUUCGUUCAUCGCUCGCGUGCCCUACAUUCCGGAGCACGACUUCGCGGGAGUGGUCGUUGACGCCAAUGGUACGGAGCUGAAGAAUGGCGACGAAGUUUACGGCUUCCUGGACGUCCUACUCCACUUCAGGACCCGUCAAGGGACGCUUGCGCAGUACACUCGCUUACCUGCGUCGUCUUUCGCUAUCCGACCGCAGAACAUUACACCUACACAAGCCGCAGGUUUUGGCGUUGUCGGCGUAACCGCAUUCCAAGCCUUAUUCCGCGUUGCAAAGCUUGAGCCAGAACAAAGCAUCUUUGUGAAUGGCGGAAGCACUGCGGUUGGAGCGGUGGCCAUUCAGCUGGCUAAGGCGGCCGGUUGUAAGGUCACCGCGAGCGCUUCCGGAAAGAAUGAAGAAUAUGUGCGCUCCCUCGGCGCAGACGAAUUUGUCGAUUACACGAAGGGCGCCCUGCAUGAGAGUCUAGCCACACUUGCUCCCGUCCCAAAAUACCACUUAUUCCUUGAGGCGGUCGGACUGGGCGACCCCUCGCUCUUCAUACAUAGCGAGGCCUACCUUGCACCCGGAGGAACGUUCAUUUCCGUAGGUCCGCAACCUGGGAGCAUCCAGGAGUUUUUCAGCGUUGUAUGGAAUAUCUUCCUCAAGCCCAGGUGGUUAGGCGGGGUGAAGCGCAAAUGGAAGAUCGUCAGUGUCAAGAAUAACCAGGCCGACCUUCAAAAGCUGACCCAGUAUAUCACGGAAGGGAAGGUGAAACCAAUCGUCGAUUCAGUCUACGGCUUCCAGGAUGUACCGAAGGCGUAUGAACGGAUGAUGACCCACAGAGCGACCGGCAAGAUUAUUGUGAAAGUGGACCCGAACGUGAACUGA